CUAGAUAGAAUAGCGCAGAUACGCAGGAGCGCCCUAGCAGACGAGACCAGGGAACGCACCAUACGACUACUGACUGCCGCGCGUGACGGUCGAUUCCCGCGCUUUUGGACAUUUAAAGAUUGAACAUGAUAAAGUCAGUAUGCUAUGACAGUUACACAGUGACAGAUAUUUCAAACGCGUUUUGAAGCAAUAAUUUUGAUACUAAUUUGAUUGAAAAAGUGAAAUUGAUGUGAAUGGAAUAUUCUUAAUUGAUAUCUAAGAAAGGAGUGAAAUAUGUCGCGAAGGAAGCAGGCACGACCACGGCUGAUUAAACGGGAAGAUGAGGAGGAGGAGGCGGGCGGAGGCGCCGUGGCCUUGGAAGACCAGCAGCCAGUGAACAAGAAACCGAAGCUCUCCGAGUCGAGCGGACCCGAUGACGUCACAGAGGCGACCGGAAGUAAAGAGACGGAGGAGACAGAGACGGCUGAGAAGUUCCGAUGUGAGACAUGUGGCGCCACCUUCAGUCAUCUCUCCCGCUUCAUGGACCACAAGAACUCGCAGUGUGAGCCUUGUGCAGCGAAUGGCCAGGGUGGCGGACUGGUGCGGAGCGACACCCCGUCGUCCAUUGACUCCCUGGGAUCCACUUCCGGUCCUUCAGAUUCCCCACUUCCUGAUAUGGAUCCCGAACAGGUGCCGCACGGUACAGGAGUGAGCGAGGCGUACCCGGUGGGCUGCCAGUGGUGUGAAAAGGCGUUCGCCUCCCAGGCCCUGUUACACGUGCACGAAAGGGUUCAUAAAGAUGAGCUCCCUCAUAGCUGUACCCGGUGUGCGCGCGUUUUCAAGAGCAAGCGAGCACGUGACAGGCACGUGAAAUUCCAUAACAGCGGGAAGACGUUCUCCUGCACCCGCUGUGAUUUCUUUUUUACCAAACCGGAAGCCCUGAAGGCGCAUAUGAAGACGCACGAGGCGCCCGAGGUCUAUCCAUGCCAGAUCUGCGACCUUGAGUAUCCGACCAUGGCCGCUCUAAUGUCGCACCAGAACGCCCACAAGCCUAAACCCGUGUAUACCCGCGACUUCCUAACCGGAAGUUACUGCCCGGAGUGCGGGGACGUUCUCUUUACAGACAAGGACAGGGAAACCCAUACGUGUCCAAGUUACGGCGGACGGCGGACGUUUCACUGCCAACAUUGUUCCGCUAUCUGCGUCGGUCCGACAGCGCUGGCGUUGCACACAGAGCAUGCGCAUUCUGCUUCCGGCACAGAGCAAAAUAAGUGUCCACUUUGUUUCAAAUGUUUUUUGACACUCGAUGAGCUUACAGUGCACAUGAAAGUUCAUGAUAGCCCGGUAUCCGAGCAAAACAGAGACUCUAUGUUGACGACGCCCGAUUAUCACGGCAUAGACUUUGGUGCAAGCAUACUUUCCAAGACAAACGGCAUGGGGCCUAAUGACAUUUUAAUAUGCCCAUACUGCUUUAGGGAUGACUUCGAUUCUUUGGAAGGGCUUGAAUUACACAUGCAGAGUGUCCACUCGGUAAAACCGACGGAAGUGUACACUUGUAAUUAUUGUAAUGCGCCGUACAAGAACUUGUACAGUUUGCACGAGCAUAUGCGCGCUAUUCACCAGAACCAACCGAGUAUGGGCAUCAAAUACCCGUGCAGUAGAUGUGGCAAAGAAUACCCGAGUAUUGAGUCGCUCCAGGAACACAAGAAACGCGUGCACUACAAACAGAAACCCACAGAAACCGUUUACACGUGCACCUUCUGUACGUUGAUUUUUGUUAGCGCGUCUGCCCUGAACGAGCACGUGAAAUCCUCCCAUGCCGAGCUCAGUAAGCAUGAGUUUGAAGAUAGGACAAAUGCAGUGAAAACUCCAAAGUUAACGCCGCCGGCGAGAUCGCCACGUCCACCAUCGGUUAUUCCAAUAUCAAAAGAAUCCCCGCCGCCGACGUAUUCCGACGUCCACACUAUAAUCAAUGUCCCCGAGCCGUCGCAGAUACUGCGUCAUCUUAGGUCCCCAUUGAAGACGUCGACCCCUUCCGGUACGAUCCACCAUGGCGGACCAUUCGAGGGGAGGCACAUGUCAUCACCACCCGCACGACCGUCUUCUAGUGGAUCAGGGGAGACAAUCAAGUGUGAACAAUGCACGGCAAGAUUUACGGACCCUGCCGCAUUCCAGAAACACAUUCAGCUGCACUUAGACUCUGCACUAGGGCAGUUUAGCUGCAGACAAUGUCAGAAGACGUUCCUCACAGAGGAGCAGCUUGAGCUGCACCUGUCGCUCCACUUCCUGUCGCUGAGGGCUGAGUUCCGGUGCAAGAGCUGCGACAAGGCGUUCUCCAAGCCGGACGAGCUCCAGAAACACCUACUUGAUAUCCACGCCCACCACAUGUACAAGUGCGCGCUCUGUGAGGAGGUGUACGACUCCAAGGUCAACAUUCAGGUUCACUUCGCCAUCAAGCACAGUGACGAAUGUAAACUAUACCGGUGCAUGGCAUGUGACGUUAUCUUCCGCUCGGAGGCGGACUGGCAUCUCCACUUGCGCGUCAAACAUCUGCACCUCGCCAAGCCGUACAGGUGUCUGUUCUGCAAGGAGUCAUUUUCGGGCGAGAUGGAGCUGCAGUGCCACCUGGCGACCCACAACAAGCCCUUCAAGUGCCCAAUGUGUGACGACACAUUCCUCGUGGAGUUCCUUCUCGACAAGCACCUGCAGCACGUGCACUCAGGCACCGGAAGUGUGGAUUCCCCGAAUGGGAAAAUGCUUGACGGCGCGGCGAAAAUUAAGGUAGAGAAGUCUGACGAUAUUAGUCAUCAGGAGACACGAGCGGCCUCUUUGCUCUUCAACGCGAGCCUCUCCCCUGCGAGUGGCAAGAAGACGUCAGGGACGCUUGUCGCCGGAAGUGCCACUCUCCUUGGCGACGACGGUCAUUACUUCCACAAAAUGGCUGGUAUCAGCUUCCUAGGGGACGGAAGUGGCCCUCUUUGUCCUGCCGGUCCUGGGACCCCAUCCAGCGCGGGGAGCGUUGGUAGCGCCGGGUCCCUUGUCUGGAAGAGCCCCGAAGACCUGUUCCGAUGUAACAUCUGUGACAUGAAGUUCAGCCAGCUUUCCGGUCUGCAGACCCAUAAAUUACAAGACCAUGGAUUAAAACUAGUGAGCGGAAGUAAGCACAGCCCGAGCCUCAGUCCGCACCAGUCUAAUCAUAGUAGCGGAGACGCUUUAGUAACAAGCGUCUACGGUGACAUUUUCAUGCAAACCGGGGAGUCGUCUGGUUCGGAGAACCAUACGUCACUACUCCAGAACGCGCUGACUUCAUCACUGGGCGUCUCGCUAAGUGGUUCUCCCGAGUCGUCAGGGGUGGAAAAUUCUUUUUCUGAGAAGCUGGUGUCCUCGUUUGGGGAGAAACUUUGUCUGGCAUGUCCGUUCUGCAGUCAGACGUUCAAAUGCAAAGCCGACCUUGAAAAGCAUAGUAAAAUCCAUCUGAACACAGGGUCGCAGAAGUGUAACAUUUGUGAUGAAGUUUUCACCUCUACCGGUGUUCUAGCCGAGCACAAGUUAACCCAUUGUAAAAUCCAACAAGGCAAUAUUUGUGUCGCCUGUAAGAUACCAAUCAAAAACGAAGAGCAAUUUUAUCUCCAUUCGCAAGAGCACGGUUUCCAAGGGGCGGUCAUGCAAUGUAUCGUCUGCCGGCAGACGCUGGCGUCCAUGUUGGAACUACAGAUGCACGGGAAACACCAUUUCCAGACGAAGGCGCCAUUUCACACGUGCUGUGUCUGCUUAAAUAGUUUCGACUCGGGUGAUAGUCUUAUCUCGAAGUUGAACAGUUCGGGACGAACGUAUUACGUCUGCAAGGCUUGUUAUAACGGAAGUGCGGGUGAAAACGUCUGUAAACAGUGCGGAGCUAAGUUUGGGUCACCUACCGCCUUGGACGUCCACAUGGCCACGCACCGGAAGUCAUACCAGUGCAUAAAGUGUCAAGACUCCUUCAGUAGCGAGCAAGAAAUACAGAUGCACGUGGCUACUCACAUGAUGACCGAGGGCAACGUGCACGAGUGUUUCCUUUGUUUUGUCGUGCUCGAUUCGCCCGCCAAGCUUCAGUGUCACCUGAUUGAGCACUCGUUUAAGGACUCCGAGUACCGCUGUACGGAAUGUUCUAGAAUGUUCAAGAGUGCGCAUGAUAUACAGGGCCACGCCUUAGAGCACGGAGUAGCUGGCCGGAAGUACGCUUGCUUCCAGUGUAGCCAGAAGUUCUUUUUCAGUGCGGAGCUGGAGAACCAUCAGUUUAUUCACCGCAAGGCUGAACUAACGGCAAAUGUGAAAAAUGAGCUGAGUCCGCAAUUAACGAUUCAUCCGCUCAGAGUACAAACACUUGAAGACAUGUCGAACUCGACUUCCUAUGAUUCGGUGUUCGCGUCUCUACCCCACCGCAAUCAGUCAGUGGACGCCGACCUACGCUGUUCAAAAUGUGACCGUACGUACGCGUCCAUCUAUGAUCUCGCGGACCACUACAAGGCGGCGCACGCGGGCGCAGACCGCAAGGCGUACGUGUGUCCGACUUGCUCGGAGUGUUUCCGGUCGGUCGGGCAGCUGCAGACGCACUUUUUGAAGCAUCACGGAAAGGGUGAGGGUUGCAGCGAUCGGGGGCGACAACUGCACGUGUGUCAUGACUGCGGCAAGGAGUGCUCAUCGGAACAUAACCUACUCUCACAUAUGAACACACAUAGGAAAGGUGAGCGUUUCUCGUGCUCUAAGUGUGGCCGGACGUUCUCUACAUCGGCGGGCCUCUCAGCGCACGUGGCCUCCAAGUGUCCCGGCGUCCCACACGAGUGUCCCAUCUGCCACGAUCGAUUCACCAAGAAAAGCCAGAAAAUGGAGCAUAUGAAGUCCCACAGUGGAGAUAAGGUGUACCCGUGCUCCACGUGCGGUCUGCUAUUUACCGACAGGGGGCGCCUAGAUGACCAUAUGGACCAGCACCGGAUGGAAAUGGAGGGGCGUGCACCCGGCGACGAAGAUGCGGGGCUGGAAUCCCGUAGCGGAACAAGUGAGGAAACACCGACGUCCGUCGGUCAGCAGAGCGACGAGGAGACCGGAAGUAAGGGCUCUUUCGACGGCGAGAAAGAUGGCGCCAUGAAACCUGAAGUGUCAAGCACGUGCUCGUUACCGGACGAAAGUUCCAACGACAAAGCUUAGUUACCGACACAGCCAUGUCGGGGGGUCGGGUAUUUGCCAUAGUUAACCAUGUUGCGUUUACCGGCGUUGUUUGAUUAUAUAGAUCUGCAUUUAUAAUAUUUGUGCCAUAUUUGAGCGGUGUUGGUUUACAGUUUAGACUUCUUUAACAUGCAUUCCAUUGUAUGAUUUGUGUGAUGUUAACUGUUGUUUGGAGAGAAAUAAACGCAUAA